CCAACCGCGAAAGCUUCGCAAAAAUACAAACUUUCGAGUUUCUAUUACAUCAUCUGAUCACUGCCCACCGUUCAAAAUCGCCUCCCCUUUCAGAGUCUACAGAAACAUUCAUGAGUCGACUGUUGCAGAAGGUACCAUUAGCAUCUGUGAUUCAAAGCUUCACUGGAACUCAUGGACGCUUUGUUUGUCAGGGAAGUCAUAUUUUUCUUAUCUUGUACUGUUUUCUGGCGGCAUUAGAUUUGUUAAUAAAGAAGUGCGUGUCUUGCGACUCAAAGGACAUGCGACCCAUGACUGAACAAGCAGCAAAAGGAUUAAUCACAAAGGUGGACGGAUGGAAUUUGGUGAGUGAAGGUGAUGCUUUGAGACUGAAAAGAUCAUGGACAGUUAAGACCUUCACAAAAGGACUGGAUAUGCUUAAGCUCGUAGCUGAUGUUGCAGAAGCAGAAGGUCAUCAUCCAGAUCUUCAUCUAGUUGGAUGGAACAAUGUAACAGUCGAGAUUUGGACACAUGCGGUUGGUGGAUUGACCGAGAAUGACUUCAUACUUGCUGCUAAGAUCAACAGAAUCAGCAUGCAACACCUUCUGAGGCGGAAAGCUACCGAUUGAGCCGUCGGAGCGGUGUGAGAAAAUGUUGCCAUGGGAAAACCAGUUUCUAGCUUCAGUUGGGCAUCGUCUCUGACUCUCUGGUGUGACGUGAAGCGUCGUAUGAGAUUUUGUAAUACUGUCUUUUUUAUUUUUUCUUUGAGCAAGUGUGCCUGAAAGAAAUACUUGAAGCAACCGUUUUCUUUGUGAUGUGAUGACAGAGAUAUCAUGUUCCAACUUUUUAAUUUUGCUUUUAUGCUUGAAGCUA